AGACAACUACAGCUGUUUUGACAACACAACCAUCUGUUUCCUCGACAGGCACUACACAACAACCAUCAACUACAAAGUCAGAUAUUUGCGCUGAGAGUGGUAGCGUUCUUCAAAGCUUGUCAACAACGACUGACCCCGCAGUUCAUAUACUGGUUAACGAAGCACAAAAUCCGAGUUCCAUCGAAAGCACGCUCCUUCGCCAAGCAUGGCAGUCGCCUGCAGACACGGAUCCAGUUUUAUUCGAAAUAAUUCCCACGAAGACCAUCACGUUGUCCGAAAUCACCGUAAAAAUAAGCGGCCCCGUCGAGGAUGUCUUGAUAAAUCAGAAUGUUUUGGAGUCGGAACAACCUAUUUCAUUGCACUCUACAGGAGGAACCAGAUCCCCACAAAUAUUUACCUUCUACGGUCGAUCCAACAUAACGACGGAAUCAAUAACUGUGACCAUUCGACAUCAACCAGGCGAAUCGAUAACAAUCCAAGAAGUGACUGUCAAAGCAUGUACACAUCCCGCUCAACCUGAAACCACGACGUUUACAGUUCCAACGACUACGUCAGUUUUUGGUUCAACUACUCCAGGGUCCACGACAACUUCGUCCGGCUGCGAAAAGAAAAUGCUGGAUGGGGAAAAAAACAGCAAUCACAUCUCUGUAAUUUAUAAUGACGUGAUGGAAGGCAACAACGCCUUGUUCAGCUCGCCUGCGACAGAAAAUGAUGGGUUUUUGAUAACCACGGCAGCACAAGAGCAUAGGUUUUUGGUGGAGCUCAAAAACAUCCAGCCGGACUCAAUUUAUUUGGCAAACAUAACCGUCCGUGUUCUGCCUGUCACUCAGUCACUCUUUGGCACUGCGCCGAUAACUGUCGAAUUUUUCACACAUGACUCGACCGGACACAUUGAGGACACCCAUACAUUACAACAAACAACCGCCUCCAUCUAUACGCUCUUGGAUCCACAAGUAAUUGAGCUUAAGUACCCAACGGUUUUGAUAGUGGUAAAGAGCAAAUUUCCGUUUGAAGUCCUAGUAAAAGAUCUGCAGUUGGUCGCAUGCUUUGAACCUGCAGAACCGACCACUACAACAGCUGUCCCAGGUACAACGACGACCAUUGCCCCCAGCGUAACAACACCGUGUAUGAUAACAGACGGCAUGUUGGACGAAGCGUAUAUCUCAAAUGAUAUGAUGACGUUGACCGUUGAUAACCAGCUUUUACUUCUGCCUUCACCUUGGGACAGGGCGAAUCAAAAACUAUUUUUGCCGAAUGUGCAAAGAAAAGUCAUUCUUUCCAUCGUUUUUGGAGCUCCUACAUAUGUUUCCCAUCUCGUGCCGGAUUUUUAUACACCAAAUAUCAGCACCAUGACAGUGUCUGAUGGAAAUGAUGCGAUAAACAUGUUGAACUCACCAUUGAUUGGCAAAAAUGUGAAAACGCUGGAUAUAACAAUCACUCCCAAAACGCCAGGGUCUGAUCUUAAAUUUAAGAUUGCAAUAUUUGGAUGUUUUGAAGCUGUCGAGACAACUUCAGCAGUUGUAAUUACACAACCAUUGGUCUCCUCGACAGAAGCUACACCAUCAACUACACAGCCAGAAAUUUGCGCUAUGAAUGGAACCGUUGUUCAAACACUAACAUCUGAGACUAACCCUGCAAUAAAGAUAAGGGUUACAGAAGGAGAAAAUCCGAGUAGUUCAAUCGAAGAUACUCUUGAUGGCCAAGCAUGGCUGUCGUCUCCAGAAACAGAUAAAGUUACUUUCGAAAUUACUCCCGAAAAGCCUCUUCUGUUGUCCGAAAUCAGCAUAACAACAACAAACUACGUUAAAGAUGUUACGUUCAUUCUUCGUGUGGAGGAGUUUCCCGACCCUCUUUCAGUGACCCAAACAGUAGAAUCUGGAGGAACAAAUACUAUUUCCUUUCCCGGUGUACCCGAUUUAACGACGACAUCAAUAACUGUGACCAUUACAUAUCGGUUCGAUGAAUCAAUAACAAUCAAAGACGUGACUGUCAACGCAUGUAUACAUCCUACGCAGCCAGAAACCACAACAGUUACAGUUCCAACAUCUACGUCAGCUGAAUCCACAACUGGAACAACUCAAACUACCGGUCCGUCUGUGACAACUUCAACACCACCUACGACAUUAUCUGUUACAACAUCAGGUCCAGGUAGAGUAACAACCACAACUGCUGUUGUAUCGCCAUUCUCGACAACAGUGUCGCAACCAUCGCCGCCAACAGUCAGCAUUUCGGCUGGUUCCACAACAGGCAUACCACCAACUACCGGUCCUUCUGCGACAACGGCAACACCGCCGACGACUGCAUCUAUUACAAUAGCUGCUGUCGAGACAACUUCAGCAGUUGUAACUACACAACCAUCGGUCUCCUCGACAGAAGCUACACAAUCAACUACACAGCCAGAAACCACAACAGUUACAGUUCCAACAUCUACGUCAGCUGAAUCCACAACUGGAACAACUCAAACUACCGGUCCGUCUGUGACAACUUCAACACCACCUACGACAUUAUCUGUUACAACAUCAGGUCCAGGUAGAGUAACAACCACAACUGCUGUUGUAUCGCCAUUCUCGACAACAGUGUCGCAACCAUCGCCGCCAACAGUCAGCAUUUCGGCUGGUUCCACAACAGGCAUACCACCAACUACCGGUCCUUCUGCGACAACGGCAACACCGCCGACGACUGCAUCUAUUACAAUAGCUGCUGUCGAGACAACAUCAGCAGUUGUAACUACACAACCAUCGGUCUCCUCGACAGAAGCUACACCAUCAACUACACAGCCAGAAACCACAACAGUUACAGUUCCAACAUCUACGUCAGCUGGAACCACGACUGGCACGCAACAAACUACCGGUCCGUCUGUGACGACGGCAACACCGCCCACGACUACAUCUGUUACACCAUCUGAAAAUUGCGUGAUGGGCGGACCAGAACAAGACGUUGCACCAAGUUUCACAACCAUUGACGUAAACGGCGAAACCGUUGAAGGGUUCGAUCCGUUUAACCGGGCCGGAGGAAUUACACAACUUACACCUGAUCAAACAGACAUGGCUGUAGUCAAGAUUAACAUUAUACCAAUAGAAUUGAACGAGUUACAUAUUAAACCAUAUGACGCAGUUGUAUCCGUCAACAUUACAUACGACGAUAACACGAUUCAAACUGAGACGCAACCGGAAAUGAAACAGGACACUGCUGUUGUGAGUCAUCCAAGGAAUGGCAAGAAGGUAGUAACUAUUACGGUCACAAUAAAGAAGUCUCCAGACGCCCAAGUAAUCAGAUUGGGUCCGAUCACCGCUCUGUUAUGCGGCGAGCAAUUAACAACAGCAAGCACCACAACGCCCUCUGUACACACAACUUCAGCUGUUAUGACAACACAACCAUUAGUUUCCUCGACAGCAACUACACCAUCGCCAUCAACUACAAAGCCAGCUGGAACCACGACUGGCACGCAACAAACUACCGGUCCGUCUGUGACGACGGCAACACCGCCCACGACUACAUCUGUUACACCAUCUGAAAAUUGCGUGAUGGGCGGACCAGAACAAGACGUUGCACCAAGUUUCACAACCAUUGACGUAAACGGCGAAACCGUUGAAGGGUUCGAUCCGUUUAACCGGGCCGGAGGAAUUACACAACUUACACCUGAUCAAACAGACAUGGCUGUAGUCAAGAUUAACAUUAUACCAAUAGAAUUGAACGAGUUACAUAUUAAACCAUAUGACGAAGUUGUAUCCGUCAACAUUACAUACGACGAUAACACGAUUCAAACUGAGACGCAACCGGAAAUGAAACAGGACACUGCUGUUGUGAGUCAUCCAAGGAAUGGCAAGAAGGUAGUAACUAUUACGGUCACACUAAAGAAGUCUCCAGACGCCCAAGUAAUCAGAUUGGGUCCGAUCACCGCUCUGUUAUGCGGCGAGCAAUUAACAACAGCAAGCACCACAACGCCCUCUGUACACACAACUUCAGCUGUUAUGACAACACAACCAUUAGUUUCCUCGACAGCAACUACACCAUCGCCAUCAACUACAAAGCCAGCUGGAACCACGACUGGCACGCAACAAACUACCGGUCCGUCUGUGACGACGGCAACACCGCCCACGACUACAUCUGUUACACCAUCUGAAAAUUGCGUGAUGGGCGGACCAGAACAAGACGUUGCACCAAGUUUCACAACCAUUGACGUAAACGGCGAAACCGUUGAAGGGUUCGAUCCGUUUAACCGGGCCGGAGGAAUUACACAACUUACACCUGAUCAAACAGACAUGGCUGUAGUCAAGAUUAACAUUAUACCAAUAGAAUUGAACGAGUUACAUAUGAAACCAUAUGACGCAGUUGUAUCCGUCAACAUUACAUACGACGAUAACACGAUUCAAACUGAGACGCAACCGGAAAUGAAACAGGACACUGCUGUUGUGAGUCAUCCAAGGAAUGGCAAGAAGGUAGUAACUAUUACGGUCACAAUAAAGAAGUCUCCAGACGCCCAAGUAAUCAGAUUGGGUCCGAUCACCGCUCUGUUAUGCGGCGAGCAAUUAACAACAGCAAGCACCACAACGCCCUCUGUACACACAACUUCAGCUGUUAUGACAACACAACCAUUAGUUUCCUCGACAGCAACUACACCAUCGCCAUCAACUACAAAGCCAGCUGGAACCACGACUGGCACGCAACAAACUACCGGUCCGUCUGUGACGACGGCAACACCGCCCACGACUACAUCUGUUACACCAUCUGAAAAUUGCGUGAUGGGCGGACCAGAACAAGACGUUGCACCAAGUUUCACAACCAUUGACGUAAACGGCGAAACCGUUGAAGGGUUCGAUCCGUUUAACCGGGCCGGAGGAAUUACACAACUUACACCUGAUCAAACAGACAUGGCUGUAGUCAAGAUUAACAUUAUACCAAUAGAAUUGAACGAGUUACAUAUUAAACCAUAUGACGCAGUUGUAUCCGUCAACAUUACAUACGACGAUAACACGAUUCAAACUGAGACGCAACCGGAAAUGAAACAGGACACUGCUGUUGUGAGUCAUCCAAGGAAUGGCAAGAAGGUAGUAACUAUUACGGUCACAAUAAAGAAGUCUCCAGACGCCCAAGUAAUCAGAUUGGGUCCGAUCACCGCUCUGUUAUGCGGCGAGCAAUUAACAACAGCAAGCACCACAACGCCCUCUGUACACACAACUUCAGCUGUUAUGACAACACAACCAUUAGUUUCCUCGACAGCAACUACACCAUCGCCAUCAACUACAAAGCCAGCUGGAACCACGACUGGCACGCAACAAACUACCGGUCCGUCUGUGACGACGGCAACACCGCCCACGACUACAUCUGUUACACCAUCUGAAAAUUGCGUGAUGGGCGGACCAGAACAAGACGUUGCACCAAGUUUCACAACCAUUGACGUAAACGGCAAAACCGUUGAAAACUUCGAUCCGUUUAACCGGGCCGGGGGAAUUACACAACUUACACCUGAUCAAACAGACAUGGCUGUAGUCAAGAUUAACAUUAUACCAAUAGAAUUGAACGAGUUACAUAUUAAACCAUAUGACGCAGUUGUAUCCGUCAACAUUACAUACGACGAUAACACGAUUCAAACUGAGACGCAACCGGAAAUGAAACAGGACACUGCUGUUGUGAGCCAUCCAAGGAAUGGCAAGAAGGUAGUAACUAUUACGGUCACAAUAAAGAAGUCUCCAGACGCCAACGUAAUCAGAUUGGGUCCGAUCACCGCUCUGUUAUGCGGCGAGCAAUUAACAACAGCAAGCACCACAACGCCCUCUGUACACACAACUUCAGCUGUUAUGACAACACAACCAUUAGUUUCCUCGACAGCAACUACACCAUCGCCAUCAACUACAAAGCCAGCUGGAACCACGACUGGCACGCAACAAACUACCGGUCCGUCUGUGACGACGGCAACACCGCCCACGACUACAUCUGUUACACCAUCUGAAAAUUGCGUGAUGGGCGGACCAGAACAAGACGUUGCACCAAGUUUCACAACCAUUGACGUAAACGGCAAAACCGUUGAAAACUUCGAUCCGUUUAACCGGGCCGGGGGAAUUACACAACUUACACCUGAUCAAACAGACAUGGCUGUAGUCAAGAUUAACAUUAUACCAAUAGAAUUGAACGAGUUACAUAUUAAACCAUAUGACGCAGUUGUAUCCGUCAACAUUACAUACGACGAUAACACGAUUCAAACUGAGACGCAACCGGAAAUGAAACAGGACACUGCUGUUGUGAGCCAUCCAAGGAAUGGCAAGAAGGUAGUAACUAUUACGGUCACAAUAAAGAAGUCUCCAGACGCCAACGUAAUCAGAUUGGGUCCGAUCACCGCUCUGUUAUGCGGCGAGCAAUUAACAACAGCAAGCACCACAACGCCCUCUGUACACACAACUUCAGCUGUUAUGACAACACAACCAUUAGUUUCCUCGACAGCAACUACACCAUCGCCAUCAACUACAAAGCCAGCUGGAACCACGACUGGCACGCAACAAACUACCGGUCCGUCUGUGACGACGGCAACACCGCCCACGACUACAUCUGUUACACCAUCUGAAAAUUGCGUGAUGGGCGGACCAGAACAAGACGUUGCACCAAGUUUCACAACCAUUGACGUAAACGGCAAAACCGUUGAAAACUUCGAUCCGUUUAACCGGGCCGGGGGAAUUACACAACUUACACCUGAUCAAACAGACAUGGCUGUAGUCAAGAUUAACAUUAUACCAAUAGAAUUGAACGAGUUACAUAUUAAACCAUAUGACGCAGUUGUAUCCGUCAACAUUACAUACGACGAUAACACGAUUCAAACUGAGACGCAACCGGAAAUGAAACAGGACACUGCUGUUGUGAGCCAUCCAAGGAAUGGCAAGAAGGUAGUAACUAUUACGGUCACAAUAAAGAAGUCUCCAGACGCCAACGUAAUCAGAUUGGGUCCGAUCACCGCUCUGUUAUGCGGCGAGCAAUUAACAACAGCAAGCACCACAACGCCCUCUGUACACACAACUUCAGCUGUUAUGACAACACAACCAUUAGUUUCCUCGACAGCAACUACACCAUCGCCAUCAACUACAAAGCCAGCUGGAACCACGACUGGCACGCAACAAACUACCGGUCCGUCUGUGACGACGGCAACACCGCCCACGACUACAUCUGUUACACCAUCUGAAAAUUGCGUGAUGGGCGGACCAGAACAAGACGUUGCACCAAGUUUCACAACCAUUGACGUAAACGGCAAAACCGUUGAAAACUUCGAUCCGUUUAACCGGGCCGGGGGAAUUACACAACUUACACCUGAUCAAACAGACAUGGCUGUAGUCAAGAUUAACAUUAUACCAAUAGAAUUGAACGAGUUACAUAUUAAACCAUAUGACGCAGUUGUAUCCGUCAACAUUACAUACGACGAUAACACGAUUCAAACUGAGACGCAACCGGAAAUGAAACAGGACACUGCUGUUGUGAGCCAUCCAAGGAAUGGCAAGAAGGUAGUAACUAUUACGGUCACAAUAAAGAAGUCUCCAGACGCCAACGUAAUCAGAUUGGGUCCGAUCACCGCUCUGUUAUGCGGCGAGCAAUUAACAACAGCAAGCACCACAACGCCCUCUGUACACACAACUUCAGCUGUUAUGACAACACAACCAUUAGUUUCCUCGACAGCAACUACACCAUCGCCAUCAACUACAAAGCCAGCUGGAACCACGACUGGCACGCAACAAACUACCGGUCCGUCUGUGACGACGGCAACACCGCCCACGACUACAUCUGUUACACCAUCUGAAAAUUGCGUGAUGGGCGGACCAGAACAAGACGUUGCACCAAGUUUCACAACCAUUGACGUAAACGGCAAAACCGUUGAAAACUUCGAUCCGUUUAACCGGGCCGGGGGAAUUACACAACUUACACCUGAUCAAACAGACAUGGCUGUAGUCAAGAUUAACAUUAUACCAAUAGAAUUGAACGAGUUACAUAUUAAACCAUAUGACGCAGUUGUAUCCGUCAACAUUACAUACGACGAUAACACGAUUCAAACUGAGACGCAACCGGAAAUGAAACAGGACACUGCUGUUGUGAGCCAUCCAAGGAAUGGCAAGAAGGUAGUAACUAUUACGGUCACAAUAAAGAAGUCUCCAGACGCCAACGUAAUCAGAUUGGGUCCGAUCACCGCUCUGUUAUGCGGCGAGCAAUUAACAACAGCAAGCACCACAACGCCCUCUGUACACACAACUUCAGCUGUUAUGACAACACAACCAUUAGUUUCCUCGACAGCAACUACACCAUCGCCAUCAACUACAAAGCCAGCUGGAACCACGACUGGCACGCAACAAACUACCGGUCCGUCUGUGACGACGGCAACACCGCCCACGACUACAUCUGUUACACCAUCUGAAAAUUGCGUGAUGGGCGGACCAGAACAAGACGUUGCACCAAGUUUCACAACCAUUGACGUAAACGGCAAAACCGUUGAAAACUUCGAUCCGUUUAACCGGGCCGGGGGAAUUACACAACUUACACCUGAUCAAACAGACAUGGCUGUAGUCAAGAUUAACAUUAUACCAAUAGAAUUGAACGAGUUACAUAUUAAACCAUAUGACGCAGUUGUAUCCGUCAACAUUACAUACGACGAUAACACGAUUCAAACUGAGACGCAACCGGAAAUGAAACAGGACACUGCUGUUGUGAGCCAUCCAAGGAAUGGCAAGAAGGUAGUAACUAUUACGGUCACAAUAAAGAAGUCUCCAGACGCCAACGUAAUCAGAUUGGGUCCGAUCACCGCUCUGUUAUGCGGCGAGCAAUUAACAACAGCAAGCACCACAACGCCCUCUGGUUCCACAUCAAGCCUACAACCAACUACCGGUCCGUCUGGGACAACGGCAACACCGUCCACGACUUCAUCUGCUACAGUAUCUGUUGGUUCCACAACAGGCAUACCACCAACUACCGGUCCUUCUGCGACAACGGCAACACCGCCUACGACUGCAUCUGUUACAACAAUAGCUGUGACAACCGCAACUGCUGUUGUAACGCCUUUCUCGACAUCACAGACUCCGCCAACGCCGCCGUCACUCACCCUUACGGUUGCUACCACGGUAAGCGGGUCAACCACGGUAAGCGGGUCAACCACGGUAAGCGGGUCAACAACUAUCGCGCCGCCUGUUACGGAGCCGUUUACUGAAAAUAUCUGCAACUUUACUGUUGCUGACUUCGAGACUCAAAUCGGCCGAGAUUUUCCAGAAGGCGACGCAAUAGGGUACAUUGAAGUCAAUGGUUUGCCCGGAUAUAAUGAAGGAGAUAAAAUAGUGAGUCUUGAUGACGCUAUUGGAGACGGCGUCAGGGUCCACGUCAUGUGCUAUGAAUGCACAUGCAAGAACAGAACGAUGACGUGCCAAGAAACGCCAAACUGUGAACCCACUUGCGUAGCCACUGAAUGGUCACAAUGGAGCGACUGUUCGGAACCAUGUAACAUUGGAACGAAGGUCCGCACUCGCACUGUUGUAGGAUUUAAUCCUGAUUGUGAUAAUAGCGAAGUUGACGAAGAGCCUUGCAACGUCCAUGUCUGUGAAGAACCCCCUGAAUGGGGACUGUGGACCCCUUGGAGCGAAUGUAGCGCCACCAAGACAUGUGACACGGGCCUGCAGGUGAGGACCAGACAGUGCCUGAACGGCAUGUGCUCAGUCACAGAGGACGCCGUGGAAGUGGAAGGAUGCGUCAAUGGUGAAGACUGCCCUCCAACAUGCGAUGAAAGUAUGGAAGAAUAUGACCCUUGUGCAAACGCGGUGUGUGAAGAAAAAAAUAUCGACUGCUUCGGUGUGAAGCAGAACAUAACGUGCGAACCGGCGGGCGACUGUGUACCUGGAUGCGUGUGCAAGAAUGAUCUAGUCCGCAACGAGCUGGGUCAAUGUGUUCCCCAGGGCAAGUGCGACCAUUGCUACGCACCUGACGGCGCCCUGAUGCCCGAAGGCGAUAUUCGACCAGGAGUCUCACCGUGCCAAUAUUGUUCUUGCGAGAAAGGGCAAUACGUUUGCCACAUCGACGAAACAUGCUGCGAGCUGGGUCCAUGGGGCGAAUGGAGUUCAUGUAUCACAGAUUGUGGCCAAGGCGAGAGAUUCAGGGUGAGAUCGACAACGGCUGGAUGCGAUGAGGGCGAGAACGUGGAGACGGAACCGUGCAUGGGAGAACCGUGCAAGGACUGCAUGAGCGGCGGACAGUGGUACGAGGACGGAGAGGAGAUACCUACCAACGACGCCUGCAAGAAAUGUUACUGCGAUGCCGCAUCCAGACAAAUGAUGUGUCAGGAUAACCUGCUUGCAAACGUCGACGGUCAAUGGUCUAGCUGGACGCAGUGGUCAUCUUGCGCUAGUGAAUGCGGAAAAGGGGAUCACUUCCGCCUACGAUCCUGUAGCAACCCGGAACCCGCGUGCGCCGGUCGAAUGUGCCCUGGAAAUGACACCGAAUCAGCUCCUUGCUAUCUGCCAAGCUGCUGCGAGACUGGCCCUUGGGGAGAAUGGAGCCCUUGCUCUGCCACGUGCGAUGGCGGCGAUAGAGGACGCUCCCGGAACUUCUUGGACCCGGCGGACGCGCAGGCGGCAGAGUGCGAGGGUGUCCGGCGCAACGAGACCGACGCCUGCAAUCAGAGUCCAUGUGACCAGUCUUGCACCAUUGAACCGUGGUCCGAGUGGAGCGACUGCAGCGCAUCGUGCGGAGGCGGCAACAAGACGCGACACAGGCUCACCAACUGCGAGGUUCCCAGCAUGGAGACCAGCGACUGCAACACGGAACCGUGUCAAGUCUGCGAAGAUACGGCCGAGUUCCGUCAGUUCACCUACUGCGAGCAGGAAACAUGUGAGCGCUACCUUGCGGGCGGCGCCGCAUGUCACGACAACGGCACUAUGUAUAUGGGCUGCGUCUGCAAGGACAACUAUGUCAUGAACGCGCAACAUGUGUGUGUCCCGACCCUUGAAUGCAACAAUUGCCAGUACAAUGGAACCGUGUACCAGGAAAAUGAAAUCAUCUAUAGCGAGAAAUGCAGUCACUACAUUUGCGUGAGGGGCUCGCCCGUCAAGGUGGAAAGUUGCACCACACCAGUCUGCCAGGCCGGGGAAGUCCUCACGGAGGUAGAUGGUGAAUGCUGUCCCAUCUGCAAGCCUGUUCAAGAAACGCCCGACCGAUGCCAGGAACGAACAAAGACAGAGGUGCUGACGUACUUCACACCAGACGGCUUCAAGUGCGUGUCUGACGCGCCCCAGACGGUCACGUACUGCGGAGGUUCCUGCGGCAACAGCGAGCAGAUGCCAAUGGUGUUCGUGGAAGGCGAGGGUGGAAGUCACGUGGCAUCCAACUGCAAGUGCUGCACAGGUCAACCGGGACAACCUAUUGCCGUGACCAUGACCUGUGAGCAGGCAAGAGCCACCAAGAAAGUGAACGCUUUCUACCAGAAUGUGUCGAAUUGCUCGUGUGAUCAGUGCGCGGAGACAGCAAUUACUCCCGCUAGCAUGGGUAUACAAUCUUCACAGAAAAAAUAAAGGAAUGCCUUAGGCUAAACAAUCUAUUCGAUCAACGACCUUGGAACGACUACCGGACAAUUCCAUUGCCCAUCAACCAGAACGACACGUGGCGGUCCCUCUAGGAAGAUCUGUUGUCGAAUAGACGGGGAGCGUCUCGAAAAAUAACAUCAUAAUACCCGAUCAAACAAUAAAAUUGAUAUAUUUACGAAAAGAUUUAAGAAUUCAAACGUGAUUUUUCGGAUAAAAAGCAAAGACCAUCUUGUUAUAAGAAAUGCAAGGUAAUCAUGUUAUCUUUUAUUGUGUCUAACCUAGAACUUCGUAUCAAUUCAAACAAACACCCGUUUAUUUAUGAAAUGUGUACACCUAAACACAACCGACUUAUUUCACUUUUUUAUAGAUAAACGUCAAAAGAAAUUCGUCGCUCAUACAUAAAAUAUUUCGGUGUAUUAAGGAUUGUUUCUGCAAAGUUUGUAGCGUUUUAUUCGGGUUGUAAGAGUAAAUGAAAGGUCGUUUGAUCUUAUGAUGUGUUUUUAUGCCCCCAUAACGUGCUACACUCUUUGACGGCGCCCUCUAUCGAGCGACUAUGGGCCCUUGAGGGAUCACAUCUGUCAUUUGUGGUUGAUGUUUAUAGUAUAUUUGUGUUGCUUGUUUAUUGUUUUCCGCUAAUUACUUGCAAUCAUUACAAAGUGUUCCAAUACCAUGGCAUAUUGUGGGCAGUACAUGUAUACAUGUUUAUAUAUCGGUAUAACAACCAUUAAAAUAAUUCUAUUAUGGUGUGAGAAAUCGAUGAAUGUCUACAAGUUCCUUUGUUGAAUAGCUGUUUAAUCAACUACGUAGUCGUUGAAAUCGUUUCAUUUCAGGGAUGUUAACAUAACAAUUGAUGUAUUCGACGCUCAGUCGUUGAUUGAUUUUGAUUUAAUCGGUUUUUAUCUGACGAUGUCAUUGUCUUAUUGCCGCUGUUAAAAAAAGUAAAUAUUUGUCAGUGUAUAAAGUAUAACGUGUAAUGUGACAUGAUACUGGAAAACAAAAUAAUAAAAUAUGUAAUCAUA